AUGUUUCGCGCUUUCUCAUCCGACUCUUCCAAGCUACCCGGCAGCAUUUUGAAGAACCUAGGGGAGGAGAUCCCUAAGGGUUUAGCAACCUCUUCUGCAACCCCUAUAAGUGAAACAGCGAGGACCUUGACCCAACUCCCUGUGAAACCUAAAACCUCUGAAGUAGGUUCUGUUCCUGUGGAGCCUCCCGAGGAAGAACUGGCCCCUUCUCCCCCAGAUAAGCUCCUAUGUCUGCAACGCAAAAGGAAGAGGGUCACUCCCUCUGUCCAAUCAUCUCCCUCUCUUCCUCCCUCUGGGCGAACUUCUUCCAAGACCUCCAAGGCAAAGACAAAGACUCCUUCUAGGACGUCUCCUUCCCCUGAUCCAGAAGUGGUCGAUUCUACUCCAGCCUAG